AUGAACGCCGAUCCACUCACAGGGCAGCCGUUGCCCUCCAACGCAAUACAACGCGUCCUCUUCAUUGCACCCAAAGUCCACGUCUACCAAAUCCCCCCCGCAACCUCGACGAAGGGUUACCAAGCCUCAGCCUGGACGGCAAACAACAACAAACUGCAGAUUUUUACAGCACGGAUACGAAUUGUCGAAACGUCCAUUCCACCCGAACGCGAAGACGGCGACGAAAAGGUCUCCACCACCAUCCUCCUCGAGGACUCCAAGACCGGCGAUCUUUUUGCCGCCGCACCAUACACAAGUGAACGCGCAGUCGAGCAGGCGCUGGAUAGCAGUCGGUUCUUCGCCAUAACUGUUGUUGGGGAGGGUAGGAAGGCGGUGCUGGGCAUGGGAUUUGAGGAAAGGAGUGAAGCAUUCGAUUUCAGCAUUGCGUUGCAAGACGCACGCAAGUCACUCGGAUUUGAACCGAAGAUAUCUGGGCCACCUGGCGCAAAGGCAAAGGCGCAGAAAGAGGCCGAAGAGCCGAAGCGAGACUUUAGCCUUAAGGAGGGCGAAACCAUAAGCAUAAAUCUUGGCGGGCUGAAAGGGAGGCGGUCAAGACCAGAUGCAGAGAGGAGCCCCGGAGAGCAGAAGAGCGAGCAAGAAGCGUUGUUUAGUAUCGCGCCGCCGCCAGGAAGUGGUGGAAGUUCGUUUCUGCCCCCACCGCCAAGCGCGAAAAGCGUAAAGGAGGAGAGGAGAAGGAGCAGACAGAACUUCGAGCCCACGCCGGAAGACCUGGGCUUCGAUGAUGGCGAAUUUGGUGAGUUCCAAUAG